UACGAAGAAACACUGGUAAGACCCUUUCACGGUCCCACGAGCUUACAAGCUCGUGGGGUAAGAGCGAAGAUCGAGGACGAGGACCACCUGAUUAGCAUUUCUCGGAAUCUUCUAAUCAUUCAACAUACCCCAGAUCGGAGGUGUCGCACGUGGGUCGCGAGUGCCCUCCACGCCAUCGCGAGCAGAUUUAAGCCGGUUCGAACAGAGAUCGAUAUGCUUGCCAGAAAACAUGUGGCUAGAAUAGAUGCGAACGGUCGAUAUGGGUUCGGCACAAAUGUGUUGGCCGCUUGA